UUAGCUUUGUAUUACGAAAGCCUAUGUCCUUACUGUUCCAAUUUCAUUGUUAAUUAUUUACCUAAGAUUUUUAUUGAUAUUGUUGAUUUUAAGCUUUUUCCAUGGGGCAAUACUAAGCUUAAAGCCAACAACACCUUCAAAUGCCAGCAUGGUCCAGGUGAAUGUUUUUUGGACACUGUAGAGGCUUGUGCAAUUGAUGCCUUUCCAGAUUUGAAUGAUCACUUUCCUUUCAUUUACAGUGUGGAAAUUCUGGUGUACCAUAAGAAUUAUAGCCAGUGGGAAACAUGUUUUGAAAAAACUGAAUUUGAAGGCAAAGAAUUGCAACUUUCAACCUCCACAAUACUGAAACAUAAAUAUGUACCAUCGGUUGUUGUUGAUGGCCAACCGCUUUACGAUGACUACAAGGACUUCAUAAGCUUCAUCUGCAAAGCCUACAAAAGGAACUGCUCCAGUCCCCGGUUGUAGCUCAUCUGUCUAUGUCAUUUAAAUGGGAAGGAAAUUUAAUCCUUUCUGUUUAAAGACGACAGCCAUUUCCAAGUUAUCAACUAUAAGUUCAGCUUUUACGACAUGGUUGAACCGCUUUAAGUUGGCUGCAUUUGCAUAAUCCACAAGCUGCUUUGUCGUGCUGCUGCUUAUAAUAUAUAACAUACCCGAGUUCUUUGAUACUGGUUCUUUCUAUGAGUGCUGAGAUAUGCAUUUGUAAUAUAUUUGUCAUGAUGGAUGAUAAUUAAGAAAUGUUUUAAUAUGAGGAAUUUGGUUUAAUUGGAAUGUGGGAAUAGAAAGUAUGGAUCUUUCAAUA